AAAAGAAAUCACUCCUAAAACAAAGGCUAGACACUAGAGUAAAAAGAAGAGACAAAGUCACACAUGAUUUCUUGGUUUUGUCAAGUCUCCCAACAUAGCAACCUUAUUAUUGUCCCAACAAAUUCCUUACUCCUAUUUUUUUGGAUCAUCAACAAAUUCCAACUUCCAACUUAGGAAUAUUUCCCAAUCUUUUCUUACCAUCUUCUCUCCGCAUCUUCCUCCACAAACUUUUCACUCAAACACACUUUCUGUAUCCGUCCAUGCAGUCUCACUUGUAUCAAACAUCAUCAACAAAUUUGAAUAUAUCUUUAUUCUUAAUUUUUGCUUCUAAUUACAAACUCUUAUGGCACUGUUUAAGACACGGAACAAUAGAAGAUCAUCAUCACCAUCGUAUGUAUCAACCUUGAUAACAUUAGCAUUUAUAGCAUUAUGUGUUUUUGGUGUAUGGAUGCUAAACUCCAACUCUAUAGGUUCAUCUCAAACACAAAGUGAAGAGAGGACCAACACAAGAACAGCCAUUGAUACAUCUGAAACCACAAACAACGACGACUUCUCUACCUCCAAUGAUUCGCCAGAAACCACUACUAAAAACACCGAAGAAUCAACAGAAACAAUCAACGUCGUGUCCAAAAGUGAUGACCAAAAGGACAAGGACACCCCAACUGCCGUCUUUGGAGAUAAUCCCGGCCAUCUACCCGAGGAUGCCAUCAAAUCGGAUGAUAAAAACUUAAACAGUGAUACAAACAAACAGCAAAAUGUUGUUAGUGAUUCUCAGAUAUCAGAGGAAAGCUCAUUAACACAAAAAGAACAAGUUUCUGCAAUACAAGAAGCUAGUUCAGACAAUGAUGAGAAAGUCCAACAAAGUAGCAUUGAAGCCUCUGAAGGAAACAAAAAGGAUGAAGAAGAGAUUACAAAGUCUCAAGAUGUUACAGAAUCUCAUGAUGCAAAUGCAGCUGAAACUCAAGAGCAAAGCACUGGACAACAACAAGACGUUCCAAGUUUCGACACACAAGGGUCUAAAAAUGAUGAAGAUGAAGCAAAUAAAGAACAGUUAAGAGAAGACAAAGGUGAGAAUAAUGAAGAGCAACAAAGCUCUCAACCUUCUAAGGCGGCGUCAAAGAAAAAGAAAGGAAAACAAAGUGAAGAUAAGGAAACAGUGAAGCCAAAAGCAGAAAAGAAAGGUGGAAAAUCAAAGAAGCCGUGGUCAACACAAGCAGAUCAGUCGCAAAACGAAAAAAAGAGACAAAAAGGUGAUGAAUCAGGAGGAAGUGAGGAGAAAGAGCAAGAUCACGAGUGGUAUUUGUGUAAUGUUACAUCAGGUGCUGAUUAUAUUCCUUGUUUGGACAACGAAGAAGCCAUUAAAAAGUUACGUUCCACUAAACACUUUGAACAUAGAGAAAGACAUUGUCCUAAGGAGGGACCUACUUGCUUGGUGCCACUUCCUGAAGGUUACAAAACAUCCAUCAAAUGGCCUCAUAGCAGAGAUAAGAUAUGGUAUCAUAAUGUACCACAUGCGAAGCUGGCAGAGGUAAAGGGGCAUCAGAAUUGGGUGAAGUUGACAGGUGAGUUCUUGACAUUUCCAGGAGGUGGCACUCAGUUCAUUCAUGGAGCUCUACACUACAUUGAUUUUCUCCAACAGGCUGAAGCUAGUAUUGCAUGGGGCAAGCACACCAGGGUGAUUUUGGAUGUUGGGUGUGGGGUUGGAAGUUUUGGAGGUUACCUAUUUGAUAGAGAUGUUAUUGCAAUGUCUUUAGCACCCAAAGAUGAGCAUGAAGCACAAGUUCAAUUUGCUCUUGAGAGAGGCAUUCCUGCUAUAUCUGCCGUCAUGGGUUCUCAAAGGCUGCCAUUUCCCAACGGUGUUUUUGAUCUCAUUCAUUGUGCACGUUGUCGAGUACCCUGGCAUGUAGAAGGUGGCAAGCUGCUUUUGGAAUUGAAUCGGGUUUUGCGACCAGGUGGUUAUUUUGCUUGGUCUGCUACACCUGUGUACCAGAAGCUUGAAGAAGAUGUCCAGAUAUGGAAGGAAAUGUCUUCGCUAACAAAGGCCAUGUGUUGGGAGCUUGUGACUAUCAACAAGGAUGAAUUGAACCAUGUUGGUGCCGCUAUUUUCCGCAAACCCACUUCCAACGAAUGCUAUGAGCAAAGGGAGCAAGACCAACCUCCAUUAUGCAAGGAUGACGAUGAUCCAAAUGCAGCCUGGUAUGUACCUCUUCAGGCAUGUAUGCACAAGGUCCCUGUUAACAAGGCUGAGAGAGGAGCCAGAUGGCCUGAAGUUUGGCCUCGAAGGCUGCAGAAAGCCCCAUAUUGGUUAAACAACUCGCAGGUGGGGAUCUAUGGAAAACCAGCUUCUCAGGAUUUUGCUGCAGACACUGAACGAUGGAAAAACACCGUGGACGAGUUGAGCAACAUGGGUAUAAGUUGGUCUAACGUGAGAAAUGCCAUGGACAUGAGAGCUGUCUAUGGAGGAUUUGCAGCAGCUCUGAGAGAACUUCCAAUUUGGGUGUUCAAUGUGGUAAACAUAGAUGCUCCAGACACUCUACCCAUCAUCUAUGAGAGAGGUCUUUUUGGGAUAUAUCAUGACUGGUGUGAAUCCUUCAGCACAUAUCCGCGAUCUUAUGAUCUACUUCAUGCAGAUAAACUUUUCUCAAAGCUAAAAGAGAGGUGCAAACUUACUCCUGUUAUUGCAGAGGUGGAUAGAAUAAUGAGACCGGGAGGAACAUUGAUUGUACGUGAUGAACCUAACACCAUCAGCGAAGUGGAAACUUUGUUCAAAUCUCUUCAUUGGGAAAUAACCUUCUCCAAAGAACAAGAAAGUUUGCUCUGUGCAAAGAAAGGAACUUGGCGGCCUAACUCUGUAGCUUCUUCCUGAUGAUGGAUGCAACACUCAUGCUUUUCAUUUGGCUCCUUCUCAGACAAAGCUGUGAAGAAGCAGUAACAUGCAUUUGGAAUCCUAAUGUCAUCCACCUUCUAUGCCACAACAGUUAUCCAGAAAAUAGUCACACUAUUAUUUAUUGAUUUUCAUCACAUAUGUAUCUCAGUUUUCAGUUUAAUUGUCCCGAGAUACAGAUCACAUACAUCACAUACAUGAUACAACAUAGAUGUUGUCACACAAAGAACACCUACAUGCAGAUUUAGAUUUUCAGUUGUCAAUAUAACCUCACUUGUUAUUCUGUUAUAUUUUAUAUUUACAUUAAGCA